UUCCCUGCAGGUUUCAGCCAUGUGGCUCUACCUGGCUGCCCUGCUGGGGCUUUACUUCCUUCGCCGAUGGUACCAGGAGAGACAGACGGUGGAGAACCUGACGGAGAAAUAUGUCUUCAUUACCGGCUGUUCCGCUGGCCUUGGGAACCACCUUGCCAGGCAUCUGGAUGCCCGGGGUCUGCGGGUGUUGGCAACCUGUACCACCCAGAAGGGGGCAGAGCAGCUGGACAAGGUCACCUCAGAGCGCUUGAAAACCACCGUUCUGGAUGUCACCAGUAAGGAGAGUGUGGCGGCAGCGACAGAGUGGGUGAAAGAACAAGUGGGGAACAAAGGGCUCUGGGGUUUGGUGAACAAUGCAGCCAUUGCUGCCCCAUCAGCUCCCAGUGAGUGGCUGACCAAAGAUGGCGUUGCAAAGAUGAUCGGUGUCAACUUUCUUGGGAUGAUUGACAUGACGCUACACAUGCUGCCCCUGGUGAGAAGAGCCAGAGGGAGGGUGGUCAACAUGUCCAGUAUAAUGGGACGAUUGGCAUGCUUUGCAGUACCCUAUACCGCAUCCAAGUACAGCGUGGAAGCCUUCUCUGACGUCCUGAGGCGAGAGAUGCAUCCUUUCGGGGUCCGAGUCAGCAUUAUUGAACCCGGUUCUUUCAAAACACCCAUGCAGUCAAAGACGGUAGAGAGCUACAAGAAUGCAUGGAGCCAAGUCCCUUCUGACAUCAAGGAAGCCUAUGGGCAGCGCUACUUUGAGCGCAGUCUCAAAUUAUUAAAAUUCUGUCACUUCACCGGCAGCAGCAACUUUCAACCGGUCACGGACUCUAUAGAACAUGCCCUGACCUCCUGCUCCCCUCGCAUCCGCUACUGUCCAGGAUGGGAUGCCAAACUCUUCUACGUUCCUCUCUCUUACUUGCCAGACUCCAUUCUUGACUUCGUGUGGAGAUGCAUUUGGCCCAAACCAGCACAAGCCGUGUAGAAUAUUCUGAAGAAACAUGUCAGUUCUCCAAAUGAACCAAGGAAGUCUUUGCACUAUUAACGAUGUUCUGUUGUUUCUCUUUUCUGAAGUUCUAAACCAGUGGUUCUGAUACUUUUCUUCCCACGGACCACUU